GAAGAUUCCGAUGCACGUUAGUGGUAAACAUUCGCAAUACUGGAAUGACGGAUUUAUAAAAUGUUGGGCCAAUUUUCUGCGCAUAGUCACGGUGUCAUGAAACCUAAAUGUGAUUUGGCAUUAUAUAUAGAUUCCCGAUGACUAAGUCCAGCACGGAAGAAUCCUUAUGCUGCUGUGAAUACAGGAACGAGGAUGGAGCAAGAAGUCACAUAUUAGGAUGUUUCUGUGAUUGUGAGGCACUGGACCAAGCAUUUGACAGGUGUAUUACGUGUCGCCCAAUACCCAAGCAGUUAUCAGAGAGGAUGUGGAGGACAAUAGCAGACAGAUGUCGCAUCCCAGGAUUGAGUGGAUCAGGCGCCAUCAGAGUUAAGAUUGAUGUAGUUGUCCCCAUUGUGACAGUGCCUAUCAGCCUCUGUCUUGGCACCAUCAAUUUCUACAUGACAAUCUUUGUUCUGGCUUCCAUGCCUAUCUUCAUGUUCCUCUUCUAUCGCUCAUGGAGAACUCAACACAACAGAGUGCGUACAAAGUUUUUCUAUGCCUGGGCUAUGACCUCUGUGCUCUUUACCAUUUUGAUUUAUCACGCAUUUGUUCUGUCCUUCCGAGAGGUGUUUCUGUGGGAGCAGAUGCUUCUGGUUACGUCCAUCGGCAUCAUGUUCUUCGCUCUCACAUUUGUGAGAAAAGAUCCAGGAAUCAUUAAACCAGCCUCGCCCGACACAGUUACUCCAUCCAAUCAACACCUGUCGUCCAGUCAGGAUCAGAAGGAUGCAGCCAGUCAGAAAGAUUCCAAGGAUGAUUACUCGAAAACAAUUUCUGAGCAUGUGUUGGGCAACUUCCUGCUGUCAAACAUGGGCUUCGACAAGGAAUCGUUUAAAGCCAACUACCAGGCUCAAACAGCUCCCAGUAUGCCUGAACAAAAGGUCACUUGGGUGGACUCGCGACCAAUUAAAGAUAAUCAGCUUGUGACCUGGUGUGAUAAAUGUUGUCUGGUCAAACCGCCGCGAGCUGGCCAUUGUCAUGUGUGUCAGGCAUGUAUACUCAAUAGAGACCAUCACUGUGUAUGGGUGGACAACUGUAUUGGGGCUCACAAUCAUCGCUCAUUUUUAGUGGCCAUUCUGCUGUUUGUCUUCACUGGUUUCUAUGGCGCUCACCUUACCUUAACCACCAUCUGUACCCCGGAGAUGUAUUACGACUGGUUCCUCUUACCUAAUGACUGCCGAUAUGUCUACGCAGAUUUUUCCACUGCAUUAUGUUUUGUCUGUGCCUGCUAUGCUAUUCUGGGCAGCAGUAUUAUGUGCGUGGCCCUACUCCUUCAGCUACUCCUGAUAAGCCAGAACAUCACCUCCCAGGAGCUCCACAUGGCCGCUGUGAGAGGUAUGACAGUUCUCGGCCUCUAUGCUAGAGGAAAUAUACAUGACCGCGGCUGCUUGUGGAAUUGGCUCGAGUUUAUCCGGCUUAAGACAAGGCGUACUUCACCUCAGAUUCCAUUCUAAUACUAUUUGCAUAAUGUUAAAGUUGUAUGAUUUCAUGUGAAAGAUGGUGUGAAUUUUUAAGAACCAUGAUUUUUCAGUGUUACAGGGAUACUGGACAUUAAUCUUCUACAAAACACCGUGUUAUAUUUUGAAGAGGAAUUUAUAAAGCCUGUUGAUGUAUCCCACUGGAACCAGAGAAUAAUUUAAGAGAUUUUGUAAUUAUCUGUUUUUGAAUUAGAUCCUAAUGACUGAGGAAUGUUGGCUGAUGUGGAUAUUUUUUGGAAAGUGCGUUACAUGCACCACAGCUACAUGUUACAUAGGUUUUUGGUUUAUAUUGUGCCGUUCAAAUGAGAUGGCAGUGUUUUUUUUUAAAUAAAUAAUUAAAUACCAGUAAUAAUUUGCCUUUGUUUAAGUAAUGGAGAGAGGGGACAAGGCUUAGGUGUAUGUUGUCAACCUUUCGCUGAUGUUCAGAAGAGCUUGUUUACUUACUUUCUAAACAUGGCAUUCAAACUUGGGUUGUUCAUUCAGACUGUGGAUAGAAUACCAUGUACACGAGAAGGAUGACAUGAUACACAUGCAUAUUUUCCCAUAAACUACUAAAUUUCCACCAAAACCAGGAGAAAACCAUUGCAUAUUAAUGCCUUCAAGUAUACAAUAAAUUCGCUGAGUAGACUGCUUUACUUUCCAGGCUUGACUCUAGUACAGUCAUGUUUUAUAUGGCCAACAGGUAUGCUGAUGACUCUUAAGAGCCAGCAAAGAAGAAUAACCAAGGGUCAUGAAGGUAUAUACAAGUAUGCACAUACUCAUUACAACUACAGCAACUAAACAUCAUAGCAAAGCUUCUUCAGGACAGCUGCUGGCAGAUGUUGGGGGCGUGUUGUAACUUGAGAUGGACGCUCUGCUAUGUCAUUUGUUUUUGUGGGCUGGCUAGCAUGACUAUGCUUCCAGAUGGGAUUAGUUAUUCUGUAACUCUCAUCUGUUUUCUAUUACAUAUAAAGAAGACGAUCAAGGUUUACUCCCUUUAGGAUGCGUGCUAAAUGCUAGACAAAUGAGGUAAAUAGAGCAAUCAGGUCUGUUAUAAAAUGGGAUGUUGUUUUCCCUGUUUAAAAAAAAUGGAUAGAUAUCACAUGCCAGGUGUAACAGAACUAGGUCUCGUUACACUUCCAUCCUCGACAAAGCUAUUAUGAUGUCAUGGAGUAACAGAAAGGUCAAACAUGUAAACAGUAUAUGGGGGGGCUU